AUGUUUAAUCAUAAAAGGAGCGUGAACAUUGUUAGACGUAGAGGUUUUUCUUCUGAACUGCAAUACUUCGAUAUUAAGGCCUCAUCACCGAACUCUACUUGUCGCCAUACAAAACAAAGUCCCAUACUCGUUGUUGACGAACUAGGAUAUCUGUGUAAUUAUUUUAAUCUCCUGACAAAUAGUUGUUGCCCGUUUCAAAAAUUAACACAGCGCUUUUUUUGUCAUUCAUGCAAAUCUAAUUACUGCUGUUCUAUCUACGAACAUUGUGUUUCUUGCUGCCUCAAUCCAAUUAAUAAAUCCCUGUGGGAUAAAGUUCAAAAUCUUAGUGCUAACUAUAAACGUCAUCUACAAUUAGCUACAGAUGCAUUCGAAUUUUGUAUAGCAGUUUGUAGAACUUCUUCACUAAGUGUCUUGCAUGAAAAUCGGUACCGCAAUUUGGAAGAACUUUAUUGCUUUGGGCUGAAAAUAAAUUUUUAUAGAUUUCAUCAAUAUUUGCAACACUUGUUUGGUCAUAUUAAUGAUGAUAAAAGUAGUAAAACACGGAGAAAACCUCUUUCGAAAGCUCCUACUACUGCAAACACCACUAACAGUGUUACUGUCAACAUAUCAUAUGCAGAUAAUUCCUUGCCUGUAUUAUCUAGAAAUACUCAACAAAAGAAACAUUAUAAUUUCUUAAUAAAAAUGCUUAAACGUGACAGUCUCUUGCCAGAAUCACUAUGGAAUAACGUUUAUAAUCAACUAUGUGAUAAUUUUGUUUGUGAAUUAAAUUCUUUGCAUCGGAAUUUUCAUCAACUCACAUCUACCAGUGCAUUUGUUAAUUAUGUUAUUCAAUAUCUGGGACGUUCAUUUAGUAUGAAACAUAAUAUUAUUCAGUUAACCGAUAUUGGAUUAUCAGAGUCAUUUAAACAUAAUAAUAUUGACAGUACUUCAAUUGAUGUGAAAACAAAAGAACAAAUAUUAUCACACUUGACAGAGGCUCUUGCAAAUACCUUAAUAAAAUAUCCAAUUCAUUUAGCUUAUAAAAGAUCACCUUCAGGCUUAGAAACUGUCAAAUCGUACGUCUCUACAUUUCGUAAACAAUGCAAGGAAGUUCUAGAAUAUUGCCUAUCACACUUCGAGGCAAAUUAUUUAGUAUUUACUAUGAGAAGUGAUAAAAGUUACAAUUUAUCGAAUAUUUCAACGAAUGAUAAUGAUAAUGAUGACGAUGAUAUUUCGUCUAGUUCGUAUACAAAUUCAACGGAUAAAACACACUAUAAUAAUUAUUCUGUUGUUGAAUUGAUUAGAAAUUAUGAUGGACUUCAAGUUUUAUGUAGAACAUAUUGCGUCUACUAG